GCAAGCUCCCAAUCAUAAACGAACUCCAUGAGCUGGUAGCACUAGUGUCGCGAACGGAUUCAAAAAAGACUACCGAAUACCCAGACGCAUCCAAGGAUUCCUGCCUUUGCCAUUUGUGCGUAAUUGGGUUCGGUGUCACCGCAGACGGAUUGAUAGUGCCAAAUCGAACAGUCGUAUUUGCGUCUGCAUUCUCCAUAACUGUAUCUUCUUUCGUUUUUAGUACAGCGGGGUAG